AUGAUUGAUGUUCCGUUAAAUCCAAAUUCAGUUCAUAUACCAUUGGUAUCAGCUGGAUGUUUAAAAGUUGAAUUUGAUUCAACAUAUCCCAUUCAUUUAAAUGGUAUUAUUAGUCAAUAUGAAUUUCAAGAAUCAAUUAAGAAAAUAAAUCGUAGAAUUUCAUCAAAUAAAAGUUUACUUAUUCUGGCAAUUUUGUUUGGUUUGAGUAUAAUAGGUGGAAUUAUAUUUUUUAUUGUUGGUGGAACAACAAGAGUUAAUUCUCGUUAUAAAAGAUUUUCUGUGUUAAUUGCUGUAGGAAUUGCUUUGACUACUAUAGGAAGUAUAUGUUUCGCUUUUGGAUGUUUUGCAAUACAAUCUCGACGUAUAGCACGCAUGCGACAAGCAAUUGCUGAAGAAUCAAUGAAAUAUUCAUCAAGAUCACCAAUACCAUGUAGUUGGAGAUUAGAUACUUCAAGAGUUUGGCUUCAAGGAUAUAGAUAUCGUCAUAAUAAUCAACUUGUUUAUCAUUUAGUCAUUGAUAUUGGUCGUUCUGCUGCUCCAGGAAGUGUAUUAUAUCAAUCGAAUCAAGUUGCUCCUGAACCAACAUCGAUUUAUGGACGACAAGAUUACUAUGCACCACCACCUUAUUCUUCUACAUCAACAGGAUUUUGUUCUAAUUGUAGUGCACCAAAAAACGAUUCAUCAGCUAAAUUUUGUUCAUCAUGUGGACAAUCAUUCAAUAAAUAUUAA